UGCUAGUUCUAGGCCCGUCUCUCUUUCUCUCUCUCUCGGCCAGCAUUAAUUUGUUGGAGUUUCUGAAAAAGACUAGGGAUCGAGAUAAUUGGAGACGGAUCAAAGCAACACAGUCCAAUGAGAAAACCUUGCUCUAACAAAGAAGGCAACAACAACAAAGGUGCUUGGUCCAAACAAGAAGACCAAAAGCUUAUCGAUUACAUCCGAACCCAUGGCGAAGGCAGUUGGAGUUCCCUCCCAAAGGCUGCAGGGUUGGAUCGUUGUGGUAAAAGUUGCAGACUGAGAUGGAUAAAUUAUCUGAGACCAGAUAUCAAACGUGGUAACUUUGGUCAAGAUGAAGAGGACCUCAUCAUCAAGCUCCAUGCCCUCCUAGGCAAUCGGUGGUCGCUAAUAGCAGGAAGAUUACCUGGGCGGACAGACAACGAGGUAAAGAACUACUGGAACUCUCACAUCCGGAGAAAGCUAAUAAGCAUGGGAAUUGAUCCAAAUAACCAUAAGCUAAACCAGCAGAUUAAUCCUCCUCGCCCUCAACCCGAGUCCGUCAACGUUGUUUCUGCAGCUGCGACAACGUCAUUAGUAGUAUCCUCUGAGUCAACGAAUUAUGAUCAUGAUUGUAAGCCGCCGCAGCUCAAAUCCAUCGGCAAUGCCGAUCAUAGGGUUUCUGAAGGUACUGCCAGUAGUAGUGUUGAUCAAGACGAAAUGCUAGCUGGUAAUUCCUUGGCCUUAAAUCUGGAUCUCACAAUUGCCUUUCCUUCUCCCGUUACCGGCCAGCUCGUGCAAGAGAAGCGGCAAAGUUCCAUCUCCAUGAGUACGAAGCAAGUAGAAAGGGAACCCGUUCUGGUCCCUACGCUCCUCCUUUUUUAGAUAUACCAUGAUAUUGCAACUUACAUUUAUAGAUUGGAUAUAUCAUAUUGUUCCAAUUAAUGCUUGCAUGUCCAAAGUGCGGACCUAUUAAGGCCCUCGGACAUGGCACCCCAAAAGUUUGAAAAAAUAAAAUAAUGUAUAUUAAUAUUUUAUGAUUUAAUAAGAUCAUAUUAAUUUUAUUUUAUGUU